ACCAAUCCAUUGAGGGAAAAUGAACGUUAAUUUUAAGGAAUAGUACACUUGUAGAGGUUCCCGCCAUUUAUCUGAGCCAUUCAGGUACCUUUCAAUACAUAUGGCUCAGAAUUAUCUACAUUUAUACUUUUUACUGUUGGAUUCCAAAAACAAAUAUAUAUAUAUAGGGUGUAAGGAUGUACAUAUAUUGAAGAAAAGUGAUACUCUUUCUCUGGGAGUUUUACUGAAGAUGACUAUCCUCAAUAUUAAGUUGUAUAGCCUUAUAAACUCCAUAUCUACAAAGUUUCAGUACUUCGAUGGAACUGGUGGAAAUUUUCUUCAUAAAGAGUAUAUCAAGAUUGAAUUUGUGCGGCAUCAAUCUUGAGAUUGUAUUUAGACGACACGAAAAAGAUUAAGGCAAAUUCUUAUUUUCAACAAAGAUUAUGGCUUCACAUGCAUCUAUGUAUACAGGGUUGAAAUACUAUUGAAACGUCAUAAUUAUAAUAUAAAAAGUGAUCUAAUAUUGUAGGGGUGCAUGGUGUAUGGGUGUAGAUAUUGCACCCAAUUCUUUUGUUAGCUGGGGACAAACACUUGUCUCUCAACUGACAUACUGCUGCCUCACUUAUGUCCCACAUGAAGAACAAAACCUUUUAAAUUCCGAAUUGAUUGAUAAUAUACGUAUAUUGA